AUGAUAGAAAUAUAUAAUAUCUUGCACCUUCUAAUAGAGAUAAUAAUAGUUAUUUUAAAAGUGGUAUAUUAUAUUUGCAAGAGUUUAUACAGAUUGAUCGUACCAACAAAAAUGAAGAGCGUAGCUGGUGAAAUUGUUUUGAUAACAGGUGCAGGUCAUGGUAUCGGAAAGGAAUUAGCGAUUGGUUAUGCUUCGUUAAGAGCAACAGUGGUAUGUUGGGAUAUCAAUGAAAAGACCAAUAAUGAGACAAUGAACGAGAUUAAAAGCAUGGGGAAGCACUCUGUAUAUGCGUAUCAAUGCAAUGUAGCAAACAGAGAAGAAGUUUUAAGGGUAGCUGAAAAAGUAAAAAAUGAAGUGGGUGACGUUACUAUCUUGAUUAAUAAUGCCGGCAUUGGAACUGUUAAAUCAUUCCUAGAUCACAGCCCUAAUGAAAUUACACGAAUCAUAGACGUCAAUGUAAUGGCGCAUUACUGGACAUUGAAGGCAUUUUUACCAAGUAUGAUCGAAAAGAAUCACGGUCACAUUGUAGCACUCUCAUCAGUAGUUAGUUUUAUUACCUUUGCUUAUGGAACUAUUUACUGUCCUUCAAAGUUCGCAGUCAGAGGAAUUAUGGAAGCUACGUCUGAAGAAUUACGUACAUUGAGUAAUGGAAAAUCAUCUAUUAAAUUUACUACGGUUUACCCGAGCUUUGUACGUACUGGACUGUGUAAAAAGCCAAAAAUUAGAUUUCCACGAAUAAUGGAAGAACUUUUACCGCAGCAAGUGGCUUCGUCAAUAAUUGAUGCGCAAAGACGAAACUAUAAAAACAAAGGUAUACCUCCACAUUGGUUGCUUCUUCUUUUUCUUAUAAGACAUUUACCUGAUGAAGCACUUAAUUGCAUAAUGGACUUUAUCGGUAUAGGCGCCGAUCCAGACGAUUAA